AUGGCACCAGAGCUGUACAAAAUCUCUCCUGCCAGUCUGAAGUUUCUCGAGACCCCAGAACUAUGGAAGAUCAUCGAGUCAGACGGUGAGCUCGCACCCCGUGCCAGAGAAAUCGUGCAGAAACGCUUCAUUGACAACAACAUCUACACCGUCCCAAGCGCCAGAGCCUUCAAAAAGCUGACUGACCACUCAUCGGACCCCAUCGCUGACAUUAUCAGGUACGACCGUAUCAAAACGCUAAAGAGCCUCGUCGGCGCCGGUCUCAGCCUCCAGCACUACAGCCGCAGCGGCUGGAAGCUCCUCGGCCUGGCUCUGGCCUCCAAAGCCGAGCGCAUCUCGCGGUACCUCAUUGACACUUCCUCUCCCGAGGAUCUUUGCGGACGCAUAGGCGCUACCAAUGACUGCGAAGACGGCACGUUCCUCUCUCUCGCCGCGACCUGGGAUGCAUCGAUCUUCGCGCGUUUGUGGGACCGCGUUCGACACCUCCCCAGCAAAGAGCGCAGAUUGUCUGACGACGCCAUGUACGCGCUUUGCAAAUUCUGCGAUGCCAGUCUGGCGGAGCUUUUAAUGGCCGAUGGAGUCGAUCUGGCUUCGUUUGUUCAUGGCGCUUCGGGCGAGACGGCCUGGCAUGCGGCGGCGGAGUGUGCCACCGAUCUGGAGUUUCUGGUGUGGAUUGCUGUUCGAUCGCCGGGGACUAUAAAUGAGAGGACAGUUGAUGGUACGACGCCUCUCAUGAAGGCUGCGGCUUGCAAUCGUUUGCCAGAAAUUGUUGUCUUUCUUCUCUCGCGUGGUGCGGAUCGUGCGCUGGGAAAUGAUGCGGGUGCCACUGCGGCCAGUCUAGCGCGGCGGUAUGGUAACCAGGCGUUGGUGGAUUUGCUUACGGACGAAGAGUAG